GUGCGUACACAAAUACGCAACCGCUUGUAUAUACGCUUGGAAACUAGGCACAUGCACACACAUGGAACUAGAUUUGUGACAGUGAGGCGAACUGUGUGUUUGUGUUCCAACGACAUAAUGUAGGCAGCGUCGUGGAGUUUUAGCACGCCAGUAGUUCUUCAGCCAAGUGCAAAGAAAAGAGGAACAGAACACAACUCACCGGGAAAAAUACAUAAGCUACAUCAUAUAUAGAUAUUUUUCAAACGGAAAAAAAGGUAAAAAUAAGAAAACUCAUACAAUUUGAUAAGCUUCCAUUCAUUUGCAGUAUGGGGAAGCGAGGCAGUAAACUGUGUUCUACUGAAAUGAAGGAAUUGGUAGCUUCUACUUAUUUUAGUAAAAAGGAAUUAAAACAAUGGUAUAGGGAUUUCAUGAAAGAUUGCCCAAGUGGAGUUUUGAAGAAAGAAGAAUUCCAGGCAAUCUACCAACAGUUUUUCCCUCAUGGAGACCCCAGCAGAUUUGCUAGUUUUGUUUUUAAUGUCUUUGAUGAUAACAAGGAUGGAUUUAUUACUUUCAAUGAGUUCAUUCGAGCUCUCUCCAUCACUUCCCGAGGAUCCUUGGACGAAAAACUUGACUGGGCUUUUAACUUGUAUGAUCUUGACAACGAUGGAUAUAUCACCAAAAAGGAGAUGGUUGAUAUUGUAGGUGCUAUUUAUAAUAUGGUGGGUAACUUAAUGGAUUUACCAGAAGAUGAAGACACUCCAGAAAAAAGAGUUGAGAAAAUAUUUGCCCAAAUGGAUUUGAACAAUGAUGGCAAGUUGACGAAAGAUGAAUUUCGAGAAGGUUCCAAAUGUGACUCAUGGAUAGUCCAAGCAUUGUCAAUGGAUAUGCCUCACAGAUAAUGUCACUGAUGUAUAUCUUAUAGUGGACAGUAUUAUUUCCAUAAUUGAUGGGUUUUUUUUCAUAAUGUCUGAAGAACAGCACCAUCUUAAUCCGAUAACUGUACAAGGAAACAAUAAUGAUGCCUCUUUGUUUUGGGCUUAACACUCUUCAUUGUAUAAUAAUUGUUUCUAACACUCUUCAUUGUAUGAUAAUAAGAAAAUGACUUUGUUCUUAACAUUCCAUUUUGCUGUAUAUAACCAUCAUAAGCUCUUCAUCAUACCUAACAAAGUAACAAUAUUUUUCUCAGUGAAAGUUAGAAAUUAAAGAAAUAAUAAUAAUAAUAAUAAUAAUUAUUAUUAUUAUUAUUAUUAUCAUUAUUAUUAUUAUUAUUAUUAUUAUUAGGACAGUGCCUGGCCAAAGCAGUAGAGUGUCAUACUAAAUACCCUAGGGUAUUUGUUUUUUGUCCACUUACACUGUCAUUUCAUAUCCAGCCAGGAUCAACUUUGCCUUUUAUUCCUCUGAGAUUAAUAAAACAUGCACCAAUUGUAUACUUGGGGAAUCCAGUUAACUAGACCCUUUCCCUAUACAUUUGUGGCCUGAUGUCAAUGUAAGAUACCAUUAUUAUUAUUAUUAUUAUUAUUAUUAUUAUUAUUAUUAUUAUUAUUAUUAUUAUUAUUAUUAUUAUUAUUAUCAUCAAUUAUGUAUUUGGAUUAAUUCAAUCCACCAUAACUCCCCCAAAAGUUUUUGGCUUUAUACCAAACUAAUAAAUUAUUAUUGUUAUUAACAUCUGCUCAAUUAUCUCAUAUUUUCAAAGUCCAAAAUCUAAAAUUUAUUUGUGAAUAUUUAAAUAUUUUUGUCUCAGUUUUCAUUAAAAUUAAAGAAGCUAUUAUUAUUA